AUGAAUUUCGCUGCGUUCGCAUCCGCGGUUGACCAGUCUAUCCGAAUUCCGAAAGCCACGCUGACUGAGGCCAAUCUGCCUGACCAGAGCAGAAAGGUAGUCUUCAUUGUCACUGGUGGUUACAGCGGGGUAGGAUACGAGCUCUCGAAAAUUCUCUUUCGUAAGAAUGGAACGGUCUAUAUUGCUGGAAGAGACCCGGAAAAGGGAGCGAAAGCGGUUCUCGCACUACGAGCUGAUUGUCCCUCUUCAGUCGGCCGCUUGGAAUUCCUUCCUUUAGACCUGGCCGACUUGAGUAGUAUCAAGGUAUCCGCAGAUCUGUUCAAGUCGAAAGAGGAUCGGCUGCACGUCUUGACGAAUAAUGCGGGAGUCAUGAGGCCUCCGGUUGGCUCCAAGACCAAACAGGGCCACGAGUUGCAGAUGGGGACAAAUUGUAUAGGACCACUUAUGUUUACGAUGCAGCUGCUUCCUCUCCUGCAGGCGACGGCAGCGGUUGAGCCCGAGGGCACCGUCAGAGUGACGUGGGCGUCAUCUGUGUUCACCGAUUUGACCGCUCCAAAAUUUGGCGUCGAGUUGGGGAGCGAUGGUUCACCUAAGGUGCAUGAUAAACGAACGGUUGAUUAUGGUCAAUCCAAGGCUGGCAACGCCCUUAUCUCGUCUGAAUUUGCGCGAAGAUACAAAACAGACGGUAUAGUCAGUGUGGCAUGGAACCCUGGGAAUCUGAGGACCAACCUUCUUCGUCAUUUCCAUCCGGUCGAGCGAUUCAUAACGUGGAUUCUCGCGCAUGACGUUAUUCAUGGUGCUCAUACGGAGCUGUACGCCGGCUGGUCGAGCGACAUCACCCCGGAACAUACCGGUUCGUACAUUAAGCCAUGGGGUCGGCUUUCUCGACCAAGAAGCGACAUAGAGACGGCAUACGUAGGAGGAUUAGAAGGGGGGGGAUCAGUCGCGGAAGCCUUUUGGAGUUGGUGUGAGACGCAGGCCAAAGCGCACCUAUAG